GAAAAUGGGAGGGGGGAGGGGGCGAGGGGGAAAGGGGGGGUGGGGGGGAGGAAAGGAGAAGGACGAGGAGGAGAAAAGGGGGGAGGACCCCAGGAGGGAAAAAUUGGAGGAAAUGAAAAAGGAGGGGGGACUGAGGAGGAGGGGAAAAAAAGGGGAAUGAAAAAAGGAGGAAGGAAAAAAGGGGGGGAAAUUUGGGGGGGGGGAAAAAUGAGGGGGAAGGAAAAGGAAACUGACGAGGAAGGAUUUGGGAAGGAGGACCCGAGGACUGAGGAGAAAGAAAGGGGAGGAAAGAAGAGGAGGGAAAAAGGAAAAAGGGGGGAAAGGAGGGGAAAAGGGAAAAAAAAAACGGAAGGGGGAAGGGGGAAGGAUACCCAGGGGAAGGGAAACCCAGGAAAAGGAAGGACUCAGGAACGAGGGGGAGAACGACUGAAAAAGGAAAAGGAGAACAAAAUGAGGAGGAGAAAAAGACUGAGGAGGAACCCCGGGGGGGGAAAGGGAAGGAAAGGAAAGGGGGAGGAAAAAGGGGGGGGGGAAUCCCCCCCCCCAAAAAGCU